AUGGUUCCCACAAAGCAGGGUGGUGAGAAGAAAAAGAGCUGUUCUGCCAGCAAUUAUAUGAUGAUCCGAAAAUAUACCAUCAACAUUCACAAGUGCAUCCACAGAAUGGGCUUCAAGAAGCGUGCUCCUCAGGAAUUCAAAGAAACACGGAUUUGUCAUGAAGGAGAUGGGGCCUCCAGAUGUGUGGGCAUCAAUAUUAGGCUCAAUAAGGACAUCUGCAUCAAAGGAAUAAGGAAUGCUCCUUAUCAUAUCCACUAUGUUUGUCCAGAAAAACGUAAUGAGGAUGAGGGCUCAUCUAACAAGCUCUACACAUUGGUAACAUACAUCCCUGUUACCACAUUCAAAAAUCUACAGACAGUCAACAUAGAUGAGAACUAA